AUGGUCGAACCACAGCUUCCAAAUACAACUUCAUCACCUCUCAAACUACCUACACCUCGAAAGCCACGUCAAGACCGUACACCAGCCAUACCUCCCAAACCCACGGGACAGCUCACAGUUCCCGAGAAAGCAACAUUAUCGUUCACAACCCCGAUCCGAAGAAUCGUCACUCCUACUGAUUUGGACUUAUUCCAUGCUUCCUCUACCUGCGGUCUACUUCUGAACUUUGUGUUAUCGCUGAACGAGGCUUGUAUUGAUAAGUCUUCAAAGAGCGGGUUGAGUUAUGAGGACGAGACGCCUGUUAUAAAGGCCAUUCUUGAUGUUCUAAAAGAGGUAGAGAAGCUGGUGAAAGAGAAUCCACGGGUGGAUAAUGGAGGCAGUCGGUUUGGGAAUCAGGGGUUUAGGGAUUUCUACGAUGCUAUAGAGAAGAACAACCAUACCAUCCACCAAAACAUGAACCUAAACCUCCCAGACGGCGCCAUAACAGAACUCUCAACCUACCUCCUCGAAUCCUUCGGGAACAGAACCAGAAUAGACUAUGGUUCCGGCCACGAACUCAACUUCAUCUGCUGGCUACUCUGCCUACACCAACUCUCCCACCUCCCAUCAACCUCGUUCUCUUCAAUCCCUCUUCACAUCUUCCCAAUCUAUCUAACCAUAAUGCGUCACAUCCAACAAGAAUACUACCUCGAACCAGCGGGCUCCCACGGCGUCUGGGGUCUAGAUGAUUACCAAUUCCUCCCCUUCGUCUUCGGUUCCUCCCAACUCUUCCACCACCCUUAUCUUCGUCCUAUAUCCAUCCACAACGCCGAUAUUCUAGAAGAAUUAAGUUCUGAGUACAUGUACCUCGACUGCAUCCGUUUUAUAAACUCUAUAAAAACGACUGCAAAUCUAAGAUGGCAUUCUCCAAUGUUGGAUGAUAUAUCGAGUGCGAAGAGCUGGGGAAAAGUUAAUGUUGGGAUGGUGAAGAUGUGGGAGAAGGAAGUGGUGGGGAAGUUGCCGGUUAUGCAGCAUUUCCUGUUCGGAGGGAUAUUAAGUGCCGUGGAGGGUAUGGGAAAAGAAGAAGAAGAAAUGAGGGAGUUGGAAAGAGUUGGUGAGGAAGGAGAGAGUGGAGCUGCUGGGAAGACGGCGGAGGAAGUUAAAGGAUUGAUGGAGAAGUUGGAUAGAGAGGGGAUGAGGCAUGUUCAUAGUAGUUGGGGAGAAUGUUGUGGAAUCAAAGUACCAACAGCAAUUGCAGCGAGAGAAGCCGGUGAGAAAGGAGGAUUGAGAAGUAUUGGAAGGCUACCAUUUGAUUAA